AUGCUCCUCCAAGCACUGAUCGGCUUCGCCAGCCAAGUCGUCUCGGCGUCGGCGUCAAUUGUUCCUCGCCAGUCUUCAGCAAGGGCAUUCUGCUCCUCCUCGGACGGAAGAUACAAGCUGAGCGAGUUUGACGCCCCAGUCGCCGGAAUUGGCGACCCCGGCGGCAUGUCCACCUGGAACCUGACCAUCGACGACACUCCGUCCGGGCACAAGCAGCAGAUCACCGGCUUCGGCGCCGCAGUCACCGAUGCCACGGUCACCGUCUUCAACCAGCUGUCCACCGACAAGAAGGAGCAGUUGCUCAGGGAGCUGAUGACGGCCGAUGGCGUCAACUUCAGCCUGAUGAGGCACACGAUCGCCUCGUCCGAUCUCUCCGGCGAUCCGGCAUACACGUACGACGACAACGGCGGAAAUGCCGACCCCUCGCUAUCGUGGUUCAAUCUCGGAGACCGCGGAACCGCCAUGGCCGCCAUGCUCAAGGCGAUGAAGGACCUCAACCCAGACAUGACCGUCGUCGGAUCCCCCUGGGCGCCUCCAGCCUGGAUGCAGCUGGAUCGAAAGCUGACAGGCACGACGGAACAGAACAACCUGGACCACCAGUACGCCGACCAGUACGCGCAGUACUUUGUCAAGUACAUCCAAGCCUACCGGGACGCCGGCGUGCCCAUCGACGCCAUCACGAUCCAGAACGAGCCCCUGAACAGCAACGCCGGCUUCCCCACCAUGUACGUCUACGCCGACGAGGCCGGGCAGCUGAUCCGCGACAAGGUCGGCCCCGCGCUGAGGGCCGCGGGGCUGGACACGACGGUGUGGGCAUACGACCACAACACUGACGUCCCCAGCUACCCCCAAACCGUCCUCAACACGGCCCCAGACUACGUCGACGCCGUCGCCUGGCACUGCUACGCCAACCCGCUAGACUGGAGCGUCCUAACCGACUUCCACGCCUCCAACCCAACCGUAGCACAGUACAUGACCGAGUGCUGGACAUCCUCCACCUCCACGCCGUGGAACCAAGCCUCCAGCUUCACCAUGGGCCCCCUGCAGAACUGGGCCUCUGGCUCGAUCGCCUGGACGCUGGGGACCGACACGGCGGACGGGCCGCGCCUGUCGGGGUCUGGGCCCUGCCCGACGUGUCGUGGGCUGGUCACCGUGGACGGGGCCGGCGGGGGGUACGAGAUGCAGGUGGACUACUACGUGCUGGGGCAGUUCAGCAGGUUCAUGGCGCGGGGGGGGACGGUGCUAGCUGGGACGGGGAGUUACACGUAUGGCGAUGGGACGGGGUUGGAGAGCGUUGCGAGUGAGAACCCGGAUGGGACGAGGACGGUGGUGGUUGAGAAUAAGUUUGGGAAUGACGUCUAUGUCAGGCUGGGGACGAAGAGCGGGGAGACGUGGGCUGGGCGCGUGUAUGCCAAUAGCGUGGUGACGUGGGUGCUGCCUGCGGUUGGGUAG